GGGAGAGGGAUGAACUUUGGGACUGGCUCAUCCGAAGACAAAAAAGAAAAGUGAGUUGUGCUGUGAUAGUAGCAGAAAGCAGGAGGUGAAGGCUGUUUGGCUGAUAAGGAAGAAGAUAAUGUCCCACAGAGGAUGUCUCAGUGUCACAAAAUACUUCCUCUUUCUCUUCAACCUUUUCUUUUUUAUCCUUGGAAGUCUCGUCUUCAGCUUUGGCUUGUGGAUACUUUUUGAUCAAAAUAAUUUUGCUUCUAUACUUGGGUCCUCAUACUAUGCUCUCAAGAUGUGGUCCUACAUUUUCUCUGGUGUUGGCAUCCUAACAAUGUUGUUGGGAUUUCUUGGAUGCUUGGGCUCUCUCAAGGAAAUCAAGUGUAUGCUAGGACUUUACUUUGCUUUCCUAUUGCUUUUGUUUGCUGGCCAAGUCACCAUUGCAAUCUUGAUACAGACACACAGCAACACAAUCAGUUCAACAGUGGCUGAACAUGUAAAAGGCAUCAUUGCAAGCUAUGGAACAAAUACAUCCGUCUCAGAUCAUGGUGACAGUUGGGAUUUUGUGCAAGAGCAGUUCCACUGCUGUGGCUGGACAAGCUGGACAGACUGGCUGGAAAACAGCAGAUUCAGAGACGGCUUAACUCUGCAGUAUCCCUGCUCCUGUUAUAACAUCUCCGCUCCGCACCCAGCCAACAAUGUAACCACUGGCAAGCCUGCCCUCUUCUGCCAAGCACAGGAACAGUUGCCAAUCUACAAGAGAGGCUGCAGAGAGAGUGUCCAAGCCUGGCUGAACAAUAACAUCAUCACCAUUGUAGGGAUCUGCCUUGGGAUUGUUCUCCUAGAGCUUUGCCUCAUGAUGGUAUCGAUGUUUCUCUGUAGGACCAUUGGCCCCAACUAUGACAAGCUUGCUCGUUAUUCUUAGGCAGACUAGUCUCCACAGAUUCCCCCCUUCUGGGACAACAGCGUUGAAGAACAUUCCGUCUUAUUCAGUCAUUCCACCAGGGUUUUAAAACAGUACUUUGUAGGGCUGCAGUUGUGUUCCACAGGUUUACUAUCUAACUUUCUCGUCCUGAUUGAUCCUAAUCUUGGAAACCGAACUGAAACUUUCAAGAAUCGGAGUGACCAAUAAGAAAACAGAGCACUGUGAAACAAGUGUUUACCUUCGGUUAGUUAAGGAUGAUUUAGCUCUUAGAUGACCUCCAAAGGUUCUAUCUGUAUUGCCUUUUGGCUUUACAGUAAAUCCCUAAAAUAAGGGAGAAUACUAUAUUUUCAUAUUGCAUUGUCCUGGAAUGCACAGAUUUUAAUAUCCAAGCCCUGAUCUACCUUUUCAUGAGGAAAACUAUUUAACCAUAAAUCACUUAUUGCUAGCAUCUGUCAAAUAUAACCUGGGGAAAAAGUGAUUUGUUAAGAGCAUAUAAAAUGUUAAACAUUCACCACCACCCUCAAACCCUUUAAUUGGGCUGUUUUGGAGUUAAAGCUAAAAAUCCCACUUUUUUUUUAAUUGGUAGUAUGUUGUUUAGUUAACAACUCAGGCUGUGAAUUAAGAAUGGUGACAACCUGCCUGCUUGGACCAAGAAUUUUUGUAUCAUCUCUGCUACCGUUGAGGUGAACUCUAUUCAGUUUAGCUAGUCCUCAGUCAUUCUGAACCAUACAUAGGAUAUGUUCAAACCUGAAAAUAGUUGUGUUUUAUGCUAUUCUUGGCAUGUACUGUAGCAUUUAGCCUUUUGUACUACAAUCUCAUCUUGGUUGAAUUAACUCAUGUUGAAAAUGGCUCAGUUAAGAGGGCUGAAUUUCUCUCUCACGUUUGGACCAAACUGUCCCAUCACAAGCCUUUCCCUCUAGAAAAGGGAUGAGGAACUUGAAGUCCAUCUGAUAUUGUUCAUUGGUAGCUCCUAAUUGCCCCAGCCCCUACAGAGAAUGGUAAGGAAUGCUGAAUGACAGGUUCCACAGUAUCGUAUCUGUAAGUCUUUGGUGCAGCUCAUGACCACUAGCUACUUCACAGGCAGCUACAGCUCAAUACCUGAACUCUCAGCAGGACAUACCUGGCCUGGAAUGAAGAAAGAGGGCUGUUUGCACUGGGUAUGCAUCAUAUGCCCAUUAACAUUUCCAUGGAUUUUUGGAUGGAGCCACUUUACCACCACCACCACCCAGCAAGUGUAAUGAAGGGGACACCUUAUCUUUGAGUAACAACCAUUGGACAUGGUUUUGUGUUUCACUUUACACAUUUACAACCUGUGCAGGGGCAGAUGGGAAAACUUCUUUUGCUUUAUGUUUGUGUAUUUAUAUAUUCUGCUUAGAUGUUUAAAACAGAAGUAUAAAGGGGAAAAUAGCUUGAGGAAGAGGAUAUAGGUGGAAUGAGGUACACACAUAAUUUCACCUCCUUUCUCAACUUGCUGUUCUUUGUUCUUAACAGAAUUAGGGUUUUUACAUUUUAUUUUGUAAAUAAAGAACCAUAAAUGGU